GGUGACUACCCUCGAUCUGGUUCAAACUCUGGCUACACUGCCGCUGUCCACGAUGCUCAAGCAAGUAGUUCUGCUCUGGCCUACACAGAAACUUGUCCCGAUAAUCUGCACGGCUAUAACUCUGGCAGCUCGGACGAUCUCGCUCAUGGUGUCAUGAUGCCCUCAGAGUUCGGGGUUUGUCGUCCUGCUUCCUCGUCUGCAAGAAAGUACGGGACCAUCCGCAAUUCUCUAGCCUCAACUUCGACCUGGACACGCUGGACAACAUCCCUGCUUCUGGCCGCAUGAACCCCUUGGGCACGUCUCCGUCUCCGUACCAGCCGCGCAAGUCAGCGUCUACGUUCACAUCUCCUUUUACGUCCACGCCUGGUACCAUGCGUAACAAGUUGCGCAAGAAGAGUCGGCCGGAAACCACCCCAUCUUCCGUGUCUAUACAGCCCCCCAUCCUUGACUUGCCUCCUGGUGUCGAGCAAAUCGGUCAUGGCAUCGGCUACACGCGUCGGUCAGAUCCGGUCUACUCGCGCCUCUCCUUCCCCACCGUCACUCCGAGAUCUUGCCAGGCCAUCUUCUCCAGAGAAUGCUUUCCCGGCCUCUCACCUCGGCACGGACGCAAGAAGACCGGGAGGAAGAGCAGCGAGCGCUACGAGCGGCCGGAGGGUGGGGUCUCUGCCAUGAACGAGGACACCCAAAGCGAAGACCCAAUGGAUGCCAUCAUGGAGGAAGUGCAUGGACCUAGGUGGAAUCUAGGCUCGUCGACGAGCGAUGUCUCGCACGCUGGUGGGGCGGACCCGAGAGCGUACUUGGCACUCGUUAGGACCACCGUAGGCUUGGGCAUAGGAGAGACUGCUCUGGACUCGACUCGUGAACAACUGCCUGCUUUCCCUGCGGAACUCUCGACGCUCAGCCCGGACAGCACCUUGCGACUCGUGUCUCCCUCUCUUCGCGACUUGCACAACCCCUAGGCUUGGGUACUCCCUCCCCCUGUGGCUCGGCCCUGGCUCUCUCAAGUCCGCUUUCGAUCAUCAUCGACAGCGACGCGUUGGCGUCAAGAACACUCCUAUCAGCGACCUCGAGCUGUCGCACUGACUCUACAGAGUUCGUUCUUCUGAAUCGACCUUGCGUAAUAGCGAUCUCUUCGUUCAUUUGGCCCCUGUCUUGUCCCUCAAUCCUGUUCGCUUUGUGUAUACAAUGUCAUUGGUUGUAGCUGGACCCUACUUUAUGAUUCAUUUAAUUUAUGUUGUUGUCGUAGG